AUGCGCCGUUAUGCCCCAAGUCUACAAGCUUUCAAGAGGGAAGCGUCAACAAUCGAAACGAUCAAAUAUGCUCGCGUUCGCGACAUCAUUGGCCCCAACGCCUACUUUAUUGGACAAUCAGGAACCGAGCCUCAGAAAUUCUUCGACGACAUUCCACUCGAGGCCGGACAGGACAGGAAGAAUCGUCUCGCCUUGUUGCUAGAAGAAGCAUGGGACACGCCGUUUGCGGACCUCAGCGCUGCGCAGAUGGACUAUUGCUGUUUGCUGGCGAACUUGGGUAGUCAUGGUUUGAGCCUCAUGAGGGAGGUCCUAGGCGGGCUUCCAGAGGAAGUGCUUGCGUCUACAGAUAACGCCCGCUGGUAUACUAAAAUGUUCGAUUACAGAAACAAAAGUGCCCCGAAUGAGCGCUUCACUGCGCUUUACGAGACGGGAAUCGACAGUGUGCCACAUUUCGACUCAGAGGUCGUAAUCUUUGGAGAGAAGAAGACGGUCAGGAUAGCGUACGAUACACCGUUUGUGAAGGGACUGGGAAUCACCGUCGAGAUUGAUGAGUUGAACGAGUACGGAGAGAAGUGCCAUCGAUCUCUCCAAACCUCUUACGAGGAUGCGUACACCGCUGAACUGAGGGAGUUUUAUGAAAUCGCGGUUCAUGGAAAACAAAUCAAAACGACAGCGACUGAUGCGGUGGAAGACUUGAAAUUAUUUAGAAUGAUGAUGGACAAGUAUCCUACAUACAAGAAGAAGCAAAACGGAGAAUCAGGGUCCUCGAGCACAUUCUUGCCUUCAGGCCCUUAG